AUGCCGAUUGGAAUCGACGUGGGACCGACGAUAACUGGAGUGUUCGAUGGUGUUACCAGUAAAGCGAUCGCUUGUUCGAUGCUGAUGAGCAACGUUGUUGCACAAGAGUUUUCGAUCGAUGGGAAACCCUUUAUGGGGAGAAAUGAUUCGGCGAUGGCUUCCCCAGUGACAACAAUGGAAUCAGUUCCAUCAAAAAUGUCUGACUUCUAUAUUGGUCUUGCGCUUGCUGUCUCCUCAUCACUCUUCAUUGGCAGCUCUUUUAUCAUUAAGAAAAAGGCUCUUAUCAAGCUUGCGAGUGGCGAUGUUUCACAACGAGCAAGCGAAGGUGGUUACGGGUAUUUGCGUGAAUGGAUGUGGUGGAUGGGUGUGAUAACAAUGGGACUAGGAGAGGCAUGCAAUUUCGCUGCGUAUGCGUUCGCUCCGGCUAGUUUGGUCACUCCUCUCGGAGCUCUUUCCGUUUUAGUAACGGCUGUUUUGUCGUCGCGUCUUCUAAAAGAGAGGCUCAAUCUUUUGGGAAAGAUUGGAUGUGCCGUCUGCCUUCUUGGCUCCACCGUUAUCGUUAUUCACUCUCCGAAAGAGGAAGAGGUGGCUUCUAUGGCAGAUUUAGCUUUGAAAAUGAGGGACGCGGUAUUUAUAUUAUACGUUGUUAGUGUCAUACUGGUGACCCUGUUCAUAGUCAUCUAUGUUGCUCCUCGUUACGGUAGAUCGAACAUCAUUGUCUAUAUAAGCGUAUGCUCGCUGAUUGGGUCGCUAUCUGUGCUUUCAGUUAAGGGUCUUGGCUUGGCAAUUAAGGAGACAAUAUCCGGGAACCAACAACUUACAAAUAUACUCACUUACUUCUGGUUGGCGUCCGUUGCUGCGUGUGUUUCUGUUCAAUUGGUAUAUCUCAACAAGGCACUGGAUAUGUUUAACACAUCCAUGGUGACGCCAAUCUACUAUGUGUUCUUCACAACAUUCGUAAUUCUAGCUUCUUCAAUAUUAUAUAAGGAAUGGUCCUGUCUUGGUGCUUCGGAUAUUCUAGGAAAUGUGAUUGGUUUUUUGACGACAAUCAUUGGAAUUUUCCAGAUGCAGCUUUUCCGCGAUGUGAACAUCAGUUUACGUCAAGUGCGAGUGCUUCUUCACCGACCUUCUGCAUCUCUUGCCAGCCUUGAUCUCUCGUCCAAUUCCGCCACAAACCUCGUCGAUGAUUUCAAUAUUUCUCCGCCGAACGGUGCCGCUAGACACCCCACCUAUACGUGA